AUGACUGAAGCUAAUAUCAAGUCUGUUAUAAACGAAGCAAUUAUUAAAGAUAAUAUCAGCAGAGCUGACAUGACCAAUGCUAUCUUGUCUCAAGAAUUACGUGAAUGUAUCGAAACAGUAACCAAGUCUUUAACAGAGCAACAGAAUACUAUUGGAGUAAUAUCCAGUAUUCGUAGGCAAGUAUUGGAUAAAAAAAUCCGGAUUUCUCUUCACCAAUUACUGGAGAUAGUAAAACCCGAGAUUCAGCAGGAUAUUAUAAACGCGAUAGCAAACCCAAAUAUUUCUCGGCAACAUAUUCCAUGCAAAGCUAAGAAAAAACCAAUUUUUAGCACCCUUGCCACGAAGUGA